AAUCAUCCCCACUUUUCUUGUUUGGUUUUGAAGAAGUAUAUAAGAUUCGCCUUAAAUCUUUAAACCAUCGAGAAGAGAAUUCGAGUUCAAAAUAACAUCACCGGAUAGAAAAUUGCACGCAUCUUUCAGCUCAAAAUGAUGAAAAUCCUUUGUAUCUUCAUCUUCAUAAUCGGCGUUGCUUUGGCAAAGCCGCAAAUUGGGAGAUAUCAAGAUGAACCAGCCGAACCAUAUAAUUUCCAAUAUAAAGUUGAGAAUCCACCCACAAACACGUUUUUCGGCCAAAAUGAAAGCGGCGAUCAAGCAAACACCAAAACGGGAUCGUAUUACGUUCUUUUACCGGACGGAAGAACGAUGACCGUUGAUUAUCGAGCUGAUGCAACGGGAUUUGUGCCGAAAAUUUCAUUUUCCGGCUCAUCACCUGGAAGAUCUUUUUGAUUAAAAUUAUAAAAUAACGCCCGCUUAAUAAAAACACAUCCUUCGCUUUCUUUUCUAAUAAAAAACCUAAAAAUAAUCGUUUUUAUCUUAACCAAUCUUAACCUAAUAAAUAUGACGUUUAUAAUUA